AAAUACGUAAAGUAGUGUACUUAGUGUGUUGUUUCGUGCGCGCGUCAGUUACUGUCUUUUUUAUUCGCUCCCGAUUUACUCCAAUUUCAAUUUUCAUCGUUCCAAUGGAUCAACGCGGUUUCAGAAACUCAACCGGUGGUAAUAGCCAUAACGGUAACAGUAAUGGUGGUGGUGGCAGAGGAAGAGGAAGAGAGUUUCAACAACAAUCAAGUCCUGGUGGUCGUGGUGGUCGAGGGUUUACUCAACAACCGCAAAACCGUUGGCAACAAAGGCCAAACCCACCUUCUUCCUUCACACCUUCAACUCCUGCUCCGAUCACCAAGCCCAACCCCAACAACCGUCAACCCCCAGUCCAAACUCAUCCACAAGUCCAAACUCAUCCACUUCCAGAUAUUGGAGCUCUGAAAAUAAAAGAGCAGCCCGUGGAAAAUACCACAAUUGGACCCAUGUUCCGGCCUGACAAGGGAGGGACAGUGUCAAUUCGAGACUGCAGACUUCGUGUCAAUCAUUUUCCGGUUGCUUUCAAUCCACAAAGCAUUAUCAUGCACUACGAUGUGGACGUGAAGGCUUCUGUGCCACCGAGAAAGGGUUUGCCUCCAAAGAAGAUUUCCAAGUCUGACUUGUCUAUGAUCAGGGACAAAUUGUGUGCUGAUCAUCCUCAGAUACUGCCUUUGUUGAAGACUUCAUAUGAUGGAGAGAAGAACAUCUUCAGUUCUGUGCCAUUGCCUGAAGAAACUUUUACCGUGGAGGUCUCAAAAGGAGAAGAUGAAAGAGCUGUUUCUUAUACGGUUACUAUAACACUGGUGAACAAACUCGAGCUUCGUAAGUUGAGAGAUUACCUUAGUGGCAAUGUGUAUUCCAUUCCGAGGGAUAUUUUGCAGGGAAUGGACUUAGUGGUGAAGGAGAAUCCGGCAAGGCGCACAGUUUCUUUAGGACGGUGUUUCUUUCCCACCAAUCCUCCCUUAAUACAGAGAGAUCUUGAACCCGGAAUAAUUGCAAUUGGAGGAUUUCAACACAGUCUCAAGACCACGGCUCAGGGUUUAGCUUUGUGUCUUGAUUAUUCAGUUUUGUCUUUUCGAAAGAAAAUGUCAGUCUUGGAUUUCCUCCAUGAUCAUAUUAGAGGUUUCAAUUUGGCUGAGUUCAGGAAAUAUAAGAAAUUUGUCGAGGAGGUACUCUUGGGAUUGAAAGUAAAUGUUACUCACAGAAGAACCAAACAGAAAUAUACUAUUGCUAAGCUAACAGAUAAAGAUACUCGCCACAUCACUUUCCCUAUUUUGGACCAAGAGGGCCAAACCCCCCCUAGAAGCACCUCUCUUCUUGCCUACUUUAAAGAUAAACAUAACUAUGAUAUUCAACACAAAGAUAUUCCUGCAUUGGAUUUUGGGGGAAACAAGACUAAUUUCGUGCCUAUGGAGCUAUGCGUCUUGGUUGAGGGUCAGCGAUUUCCCAAAGAGUAUUUGGACAAGAAUGCUGCCAAGAACUUGAAAAAUAUGUGCUUGGCUAGUCCAAGGGACAGGGAAUCUACAAUACAAAUGAUGAUGAAGUCUAGUGAUGGACCGUGCGGCGGUGGUAUUCUUCAGAAUUUUGGAAUGAAUGUCAACACUUCCAUGACAAAUGUGACCGGACGUGUAAUUGGACCUCCAAUGUUGAAGUUAGGCGAUCCACGUGGAAAGAGUACUCCUAUGAAACUGGAUCCAGAGAAAUGCCAUUGGAAUCUUGUUGGAAAGUCAAUGGUAGAAGGAAAAGCUGUUGAAUGUUGGGGCAUCCUUGAUUUUACCAGCGAUGCACCUAAUUGGUGCAAAUUAAGAGGCAAUCAGUUCGUUAACAAUCUUAUGGAUAAGUACAGGAAGUUGGGGAUUGUCAUGAAUGAACCUGUUUGGCAUGAGUAUUCUGCAAUGUGGAAACUUGGGGAUUACAAUUUACUAUGUGAGUUACUUGAAAAAAUAAAUGAGAAGGUUCAAAAAAAGUGUCGACGGCGGCUACAAUUUCUCCUUUGUGUGAUGGCCAACAAGGAUCCAGGUUACAAGAGCCUCAAGUGGAUUGCUGAGACCAAGGUUGGCAUAGUGACACAGUGCUGCUUAUCUGGUAAUGCUAAUGAAGGGAAAGACCAAUAUCUCACAAAUCUUGCUUUAAAAAUCAAUGCAAAAAUUGGAGGCAGUAACGUUGAGCUCAUUAAUAGGCUCCCACACUUUGAGGAUGAAAGUCAUGUUAUGUUUAUAGGGGCUGAUGUCAAUCAUCCAGGUUCCCGGGACACAAAUAGUCCAUCAAUUGUUGCAGUGGUUGCCACUACUAACUGGCCAGCUGCAAAUCGCUAUGCAGCACGUGUUUGCGCUCAAGAGCAUUGUACAGAGAAAAUUUUGAAUUUUGGAGAGAUUUGCCUUGACCUUGUUAGACAUUAUGAGAAGUUGAACAAAGUCAGGCCCCAAAAAAUUGUUAUCUUUCGUGAUGGUGUUAGUGAGAGCCAAUUUCACAUGGUUCUUGGCGAGGAGUUAAAAGAUUUGAAGACCGUGUUUCAGCACUCAAAUUACUUUCCAACUAUCACUCUUAUUGUAGCUCAAAAGCGCCAUCAAACUCGAUUGUUUCCUGCCGGUGUAAGGGAGGGGGCUCCCAGUGGAAAUGUGUUCCCUGGAACAGUUGUGGACACAAAGGUCGUACAUCCUUUUGAAUUUGACUUUUACCUGUGUAGUCACUAUGGAAGCCUAGGUACAAGCAAGCCCACUCACUAUCAUGUCUUGUGGGAUGAGCACAGGUUUACUUCUGAUAAUUUGCAGAAGCUCAUAUAUGAUAUGUGCUUUACCUUUGCAAGGUGCACUAAACCUGUAUCUUUAGUCCCUCCAGUGUACUAUGCUGACCUUGCUGCUUACAGAGGAAGACUAUACUAUGAAGCAAAGAUGUCAACUCAAUCUCCAUAUUCAACUGUAUCUUCUUCAUCAUCACCUUUAGCUUCUUCAUCCAUUUCAUCCACCGCCUCAAUUUCAAAUGAUCCAGGGUUUUACAAGCUGCAUCCUGAUACGGAAAACGGAAUGUUCUUCGUCUGAAGCCUGCACAUACUCUUUCUUUUGUGGCAGUAGAACUAUUUAUGGUAUAACUUCAUGGUUCUCUUUGCAUUGGGACAAAAUGCUUUUCCUGCUUGAAGUAAUUAAGUAGUUUUUCUUUUUUGUUGAAGUAUUUAAGUAGUUUGUGGAUUAUGUCUUGUUCUUUGUUUUUAGUCGUCAUGUCGGAUGUUUGUCGUGUUAUGUUAUUUUAUUUUAGUUAGCAAUUGGCGUAAUGCACCAAGUCAUUUUGUGGAUAUGCAAGUCUCAUGUGGCUUGUGAUGUAAUUUUAUGACGUUUCAGUUGCUGAUUUUUAUUAUCUGUUAGAAAUUUGUUUCAGUUAUAUUAUUGCAGUUAAUUGUAA